CCGCAGGGUUUUGUCAUGGGACCAAUAGAGCUUUUCGCCCCCCAAUCAUUCCUCGCAACUGACACUCCUCCGUGCAGUCGCAAAGAAUCAACAGCUUCUUUCACACGGAGGAUGAGGAGUAGGAUGCCACACAUGUAGAAGAGCAUGAUAGAGGAAGAGCAUCCGUGGAUUCCGUAGUCCGAAUGAAAGACGCGAAGACAACAGUAAAAAACGGAGCUGUGCAUUUUUCGCAGGCUGUUUUUUCUCGCUCUCAAGGCGUGAAUUCGUUCAUCCAGUUCAUGAAUGUUGAGAUUUAACGACACUUUUUGUCCCGGUGACACAUAGACAAAACGCUUCUUCAUGUUGCAUCCUCAAGCUUCAUGACAAUGGAUUAUUCGCUGUUAUUAUACAGCCUUUGGGUCCCCGUUAUUCUCGCUGUUGAGGAGACUCUUAUGGACAGCAGGUGGGCUACUACAGAGCUGGCGUGGACCACCUAUCCUGAAAGCGGGUGGGAGGAAGUAAGCGGAUAUGAUGACCACUUGAGCCCCAUCAGGACUUACCAGGUCUGUAACGUGCUGGAGCCCAAUCAGAACAACUGGCUCCGGACAGACUUCAUCCCCCGUCGAGGAGUCCUCAGAGUCUACGUGGAGCUCAAGUUCUCCGUGCGGGACUGUGGCAGUAUUCCCAACAUCCCCGGUUCCUGUAAAGAGACCUUUAAUCUGUUCUACUAUGAGUCAGACGGAGACAUGGCCACGGCAAGCAGCCCACCGUGGAGGGAGAAUCCUUAUGUAAAGGUGGACACCAUUGCCCCAGAUGAGAGCUUCUCAUUGCUGGAAUCAGGAAUCGUCAACACCAAAGUACGGAGCUUCGGCCCUCUUUCCAAAGCUGGUUUCUACCUGGCCUUCCAGGACCUGGGCGCCUGCAUGUCUCUGAUCUCAGCCCGGGUCUUCUUUAAAAAGUGCUCCACCUCCAUUGCCAACUUCGCUGUCUUCCCAGAGACGGCCACUGGCGCCGAGGCCACCUCUCUGGUCAUCGCUGCCGGAGCUUGUGUGCCAAACGCAGCCGAGGAAUCUGUCCCUCUAAAGCUGUACUGUAACGGAGAUGGCGAAUGGAUGGUUCCAGUGGGAGCUUGCACCUGCAUGCCGGGCUUUGAGCCGGCCAAGAAAGACACUCAGUGCCAGGCGUGCACUCCAGGGACCUUUAAAUCCAAACAGGGUGAGGGUUCUUGUAUGCCGUGCCCUUCCAACAGCCGGGCCAGCUCUAGGGCAUCCAGCGUGUGCCCUUGUCAAAGUGGCUACUACCGCGCUGACAGCGACCUCCCUGACACGGCCUGCACUACUGUUCCCUCAGCUCCAUUAAACGUGAUCUCCAGCGUCAACGAGACUUCAGUGUCCCUCGAGUGGUCCGAGCCUCGGGAUUCGGGCGGUCGAGGGGACGUGGUGUAUAACGUGGUGUGUAAAAAGUGUCUUCACGACGGCGGCUCUUGUGCGCGCUGCGAUGAUAAUGUGGAGGUCUCGCCGCGUCGCCUGGGUCUGGCAGAGAGGCAGGCGGCGGUGAGGAAUCUGCAGGCGCACACGCAUUACAGCUUUGAGAUCCAGGCGGUUAAUGGCGUGUCCCCCAAGAGCCCGUCCAGCCCACAGUACACCACUGUUAAUAUCACCACCAAUCAAGCAGCUCCGUCCGCAGUCCCCACCGUCCACUUAAUGCGGGCCACAGCUGGCACUCUCAGCCUCUCCUGGCUGCCCCCAGAGCGGCCCAAUGGCGUGAUCCUGGAUUAUGAGAUCAAGUACCAGGAGAGGGGAGAGUCCUUCUCUCAUACGGUCACAGCUCAGCACACUUCUGCCAAAGUGGAGGGUUUGAAGGCUGGCACGGUGUACUCUGUGCAGGUUCGAGCUCGAACGGUAGCUGGGUACGGACGGUAUAGCAACCCGGUGGAUUUCAGUACAAGCCUUUAUGAUGACCCAGAACGCUCCGUACAGGAUCUGCUGCCUCUCAUUGUGGGCUCUGCUUCAGCUGGAUUUGUGGUCAUCCUUGCCAUGAUAGUCAUCGCUGUUGUCUGCCUGAGACGGCAGCGUACUGGAUCUGAGCUGGAGUACACUGAAAAACUGCAGCAGUACGUAUCGCCCGGUGUAAAAGUUUACAUUGACCCUUUCACCUAUGAGGACCCGAACGAGGCAGUUCAUGAGUUUGCCCGAGAGAUUGACAUCUCAUGUGUGAAGAUAGAAGAAGUCAUUGGAGCAGGAGAGUUUGGCGAGGUUUGUCGGGGUCGACUUAAACAGGCUGGCAGAAAGGAAACAACCGUGGCCAUCAAGACGCUGAAGGCGGGCUACACCGAGCACCAGAGGCGGGACUUUCUCAGCGAGGCUAGCAUCAUGGGCCAGUUUGACCACCCUAACGUCAUCCAUCUGGAGGGCGUCCUGACCAGGAGUUGUCCGGUUCUCAUCGUCACAGAGUUCAUGGAGAACGGAGCGCUCGAUUCAUUCCUCAGACUGAACGAUGGCAGGUUUACUGUAACGCAGCUGGUGGGCAUGUUGAGGGGGAUCGCAGCUGGCAUGAAGUAUCUGUCCGACAUGAACUACGUCCAUCGUGACCUGGCUGCCAGAAAUGUGCUUGUCAACAGCAACCUGGUGUGCAAAGUGUCCGAUUUUGGCCUCUCCCGCUUUUUAGAUGACAACUCAUCAGACCCCACCUAUACCAGCUCAUUGGGUGGGAAGAUCCCGAUUCGCUGGACGGCUCCUGAGGCCAUCGCCUUUAGGAAGUUCACCUCGGCCAGUGACGUGUGGAGCUAUGGCAUAGUGAUGUGGGAAGUGAUGUCAUUCGGAGAGCGGCCAUACUGGGACAUGAGCAAUCAAGACGUGAUGAACGCAGUGGAGCAGGACUACAGGCUGCCUCCACCCAUGGACUGCCCCGCGGUUCUGCACCAGCUGAUGUUGGAGUGCUGGGUGAAGGAGCGCAACAUGAGGCCGCGUUUCGGACAGAUCGUCAGCACACUCGACAAGCUCCUCCGCAAUGCCGCCAGCCUCAAAGUGCUCACCAGUACACACUCAGGAGAUCUUUGUCGAAUUGGCGGGACUCUGCCGGGGCACCAAAGGAAGAGUAUAGGAGAUGCACAAGACAUGAAACAACAAAUGAGCCAAACUCUACCCAUACGGGUUUGACUGAUUUAAAAUACACACACAAAAAAAACACCUGCUGAGCCUUGAGGCUAGCAACAACUGACUGGCACAAUCCAUAGAAAGCCCAUGGAAAAUGAAUGGAGCCAUCUUUUGCUUGAAGAGCCAUUGGAAAAACCUGUGUACAAUUUAAGACAGUGUCGCACCGCUUCCCGAGGUGCCUGUGGAAAACUAUGGCGUGUCCAAUGGAAAACUGUAUCGCAGCCUGCGUUUCAGGCACCUGGGGAUGCUGGGAAAUCACAGCACAUGUUAAUUGGAAUUCUGUAUGAUGGCGCCUCAGGCAACCGUCUUUGUUCUUCCCUCCCUUUUGUCAUGACUUUCUUGUGUUUACACUGAAUUCUCAUUACAUGGAUUAAAUCGACAACGUUUCUACUUCUCAGGUUCAGUUUGCAUGUGUGCAUGUGUUUCUCUACUGGCAAAAAAAAAAAACAAUCACUUUCUUCCGGAACUCAAAUCCCUUCCAUACUCAUUUGCCGAGGCCACAAACGAUGAGACGGACUGAAGAAUUAUAAGCUAACUGUAAUAAUGUUUAAAUAAUGUAUUAAAUGUACGCCGGGACCGUUUUUGAUGUUGGCUGGAGGAUAUUUUGCCGCUCUUUCUUCCUCAAAGACUUGUUUCUUCUGAUCUUUUCUUCAUAUUGAAGAAAGGAAGAGAGGAGUGGAACAGAUGAAACUUUCGGAAAGAGACUUGGACGUUACAGAGAACGAAAGGUCCUAUAAGGACGAAAAACAAAGCGGACUGUUACAAAUCAAGAAAGGUGUUUUAUUUACCUCUGUUGUAUUUCGUCUUCCAUGAAACGCUCCUGAGAUUGAGAGGUUUGUCCAUGUGGAGGACAUCGAGCUGUGAUUUAAGAUUCCCAUUUCCCCAGCCUGUGAGCGAGGGGGAAUUGUGCUGUGUGUGUGUGUGUGUGUGUGUGUACAGUAUGCUCAUGUGCGCUUGACCAAGCUGGUCAGGCUCUACAGCUUUACAUGCAUGCCAUAUUCAAAACUCAAAGCUUAUCCGAAAGGUGAAACGACGACAGGUUGACUCGAGCUGUUGUUUGAUGAAUAUUCCGCUUAUUUGAAUUCCGUCUGUUCAGAUAUGCAUAACUGUGUAAAUAAAUGCCUCAUAAGAACUGAA